GCGCCCAGCGAGCCGGAUCCGCUCGGCCCGACGGUUCCGCUCGAACCCGUGCCGCACGCCCAUGCUACGGCCCCCAAUCCCCUCCGCCGGCCGCCGCCUAGCAGCGCGCCUCCCCAAAUUUACUGAAGCAAUGGCGGCCUCGCAUUUCCUCGCAACGGGGAAGCUAACCCACUGCCCGUUCCAUGCUGAGCUAUCAAUCUAUCACUAUCACAGCUCCGUCAUCCUAUUGUCUAUUGGUACGGGAAGGGAUGGUGAGCUUGUGACUGGCAGAUUGACAAGUGACAACUGCUGCCUUAGCGGUAGUCGACCUACUGCUACAGGGGCUUCGACUUCGGUCUUCUAACGAAGGGGGAUGGCGCUGAUCACGAAUGUCUCUGACUAUGAGGAGCUCGCAAAGCAGAAGCUGUCAAAGAUGGUUUAUGACUUCUAUGCGUUAGGUGCAGAAGACCAGCGGACACUCAAGGAGAAUAGGGAGGCAUUCUCCAGAAUUUUGUUUCUACCAAGGGUACUGAUUGAUGUGUCCCAUAUCAACAUGUUCGCGAACGUUUUAGGCUACAACAUUUCCAUGCCUAUUAUGGUGGCUCCCACUGCUUUGCACAAACUGGCCCAUCCAGAAGGAGAGGUUGCUUCUGCCCGAGCUGCAGCUGCUGCAGGAACCAUCAUGACUUUGUCUUCAUGGUCAUCUUGUAGUAUUGAAGAAGUUAGCUCGAGCGGACCAGGACUCCGUUUCUUUCAACUUUCAGUAUUCAAGGACAGGAACUUUGUGCAACAGCUUGUCAGAAGGGCUGAAAACGCUGGCUAUAAGGCAAUUGCUGUCACUGUUGAUGCCCCACGGCUAGGUCACAGGGAAGCUGAUGUCAGGAACAGAUUCUCCUUGCCUGAAAAUGUGGGAUUGAAGUGCUUUGAAGGACUGGAUCUCAGCAACAUGGACAAGAAUGUUUCUGGCCUUGCUGCAUAUGUUGCUAGCCAGAUUGACAGCUCUCUUUCUUGGAAGGAUAUCAAGUGGCUACAGAUGAUUACCCGGUUGCCUAUCUUAGUGAAAGGAGUCAUAACGGCAGAAGAUGCUCAACUUGCCAUUGAAUGUGGUGUUGCGGGUAUUAUCAUGUCUAACCACGGGGGACGCCAGCUAGACUAUCUUCCUUCAACCAUCAGCUGCCUCGAAGAGGUUGUCAGAGAAGCCAAAGGGCGUGUCCCUGUGUUCCUUGACGGCGGCAUCCGCCGUGGCACUGACGUGUUCAAGGCCUUGGCAUUGGGAGCCUCAGGAGUAUUUAUUGGAAGGCCCGUCCUGUUCGCCCUCGCCGUGGACGGCGAGGCCGGUGUGAGGAAGGUGCUGCAGAUGCUGAGGGACGAGCUGGAGACCGCCAUGGCGCUGAGCGGCUGCACGUCGCUGAAGGAGAUCACUCGCGGCCAUGUCAGCACUGAGGGUGACAGGAUCGCUCGCUCUCGGCUGUAGCCUCGCUCUUGCUGUUGGUUUUGUCUGUGUGUUACUGAAACUCGCGGGGCUGCUGAACCUGAAAGCCAUGACAUAAAUGGAUUCAGAGAUUCAGUAGCGUCAGACACCAGCAGUUCUUGUGUUCCUGGUAGAUUCAUGCGUACACGCGCAACCAUGAAGGGGUGAUUGCAUUCUUGUUGUUAACUCGUGACUGGUGAAUUGCAGAUCCGUUUCCCAAAUUUAUUUGCCUGCCGUCGAGCUUGUGUACAA